AUGUUGAUACCACUUCUCACCACCGAGGGACCUACCAAUGCGGGAGCUAAAGCUAGCUCAGGCUUACAACGUGCGACCACGUCAAAUCGCAACUCCAGAUGCAAUGAACCUCCCUACGUGAAUUUUCUGGUGACGAUACAUGCCAAACUUUCCUCGAUUUUCUUCGGGGUCAUCGUGGCCGACGUUGAUACCACGUCUCACCACCAAAGGACUUGCCGAUGCGGGAGAUAUAGCUCAGGCUUGCUAUAUGCGUGCCAACUUCAGUCUCAAGAGGAAUUCGCUUUUCAGCUGUCGACUUGUAUGAUGCGAAGGUCCUUUGCAUACUCGUGUCGCCAAAUUGGUAUUCCGCUAGGUCUGCGCUCGGUCUUCGAUAUUCUACAUUUUCUGCUUCAUCAACCCGCAGGACUUGAGGAAAAUAAAAGGGCGCGGGAGACUUUCGAGUAUGGGGGAGCUGGCCCUUCCAUUGAAUCUCCGCUGCUCCCUAUACUGAGGCCGUUUAGCGUAGGUCCGACGAAGAAAGUCUUUUGCGCCCACUUUGCGACUUGGGAGGGCAUCAUGCAUCAAGGACCGGACUCCAACUCUUCCGCAAUUCUGCUCCUCUUUAUCAUUCAACUGCCUUCCUCUUCUCUCCCUCUAUCCUCUAGUUUCGCUAAGAACUACAGCGCAAAUAUGUCCUCGUCUUUCGUCUUCCUGCUACGGCUCUUUCAGGUCGAGACAUUGCUGUUAGAGAAAUCUUCUACUUCCUUGUGUCUACGCCGCUCUUCCGAGGGGCAUGCCCUAACUAAGGAGAUUUUCCUUGGAUUUCUUAACUUCGUAUCCGAUGUCCCGAGGUCGGGCGAGCGCUACAAAGCAACAUACCAUAUCACCUCAGUCGACCACGCCUGGUCGCCUAUACCCACGUCCUGUGGUCCUUCGUUGUAUAUGCCCUCUCUUUAUCUGUAA